AUGGCGGCGGCGGAGGAUACGAUGUUUCAAGUGAUCAAGGGGCAAUGGAGCAUCGAUGAGGACAGUUUGUUGGCUGAGGUGGUGCAAACCCACGGUGCCAAGAAUUGGUCUUUUAUUUGCAGAUCAAUUCCGGGGCGAACGGCUAGUUCUUGCCGGCUUCGGUGGUGCAACCAUUUGUCCCCGGAGCUAAACCAUGGGCCCUUCACCCCACAGGAGGACCAGAUCAUCAAUCGGGCCCAUGAAAUUCUGGGAAACAAGUGGUCGGAUAUCGCCCGAUUGCUUGUCGGCAGAACUGACAACCUUGUAAAGAACCGCUGGCAUUGCUAUUUAAAGAAACAGCCUGCUGGUGCGAUGAUCAAUGGCGGCGGCGGCGGAGGCGGCGACGGACAGGGAGCGGUAGAGGAAGUGGAAGAGGUAGAUGAAACUGCAGCUGGUAGGACGGAAAGUGAUUCCUUCGUGCCUCCUGGAGCUGAUGCUCUUGUUUUACUGUCGGAGACUGCCCUUAGAUCAGAAGGGUUAGUGGAUUCCGAUUCAGAGGAAAAUCAGAAUGAACCAGUUGAGGAGGAUGUGUCGGAGUCCACCGAUAUUGAUCCUAACAUUGUUCGGUUGGUUAAUAAAACUGUCAGGGAGUUACUUCCGGGCAUUGUCAGGAAGGAAAUGGAAAACAUCAUUCCAACCAUUCUUAGGGAGGAAAUGGAGAAGUGCAUUCCAAUCAUGCUUAGGAAGGAAAUGGAGAAGCUCACUCUUACUUUCAUUAAAAAAGACUGA